AUGGAUCAUUCCGAGGGCGCAUUCAAGCAGACCUUCGAAGGCCUGACGGUGGCGGCACGUGCUGCCAAGAGGCGCGGGAUGCUGGACGGGCGCCUAGUCAAGGCAGUGGAGCGCCUUGACGUGACGUACCACGUCCUCAGGCAGUUCACCAUCCAGCGCAGCAAGCAGCUCAUCCAGGACAUCUGCAGUCCCACGGACUCCCCCUUGCGGAACAGGGACAUGGAGCAGCAGAGCGACGACAGCGACGUCGCCGAGAGCGCCCACAGGUUCGAAACCAUGAUCUUCGGCAAGAAGGGCAAGGACAAGGAGGAGGACUACGCAGAGGUACAGCACGACGCCAUGGAUGAGUGUGGGGGCGAGCCCACAACGGACGAUAAGCUGGUGGACCUCAAGGACAUCUUGUUGGCUGUGCGGGCCGACAUCCUUGACCUGGCGGGGCCGUCGUCGGCGCCAGUGGCCCAGGCCGACUUCGCAUCGCAGCCGUUCCUGCCAGAGCUGACGGUCGAGGGCCCCUACGAGCAGGAGUGCAAGCAGAGCGACCACGAGAACCAGGACUCCCUGUGGAAGGAGCCUGCCGUGGCGGUGGAGAAGAUGGACGACUUCGACGAGGUACUCGAGGAUGAGGUCGUGCAGGGCGAGGAUGUGGAGCUCAAGAGGGCCCCCCUGCGCUUCGGCCUCGGUCCG